UUUUUUCCUGUAAUUCAAACGAUUUUAGCCCUUUAAUCUCGGAGCUCCCAAGGAAAAGCUCUCUCUCCACCUCUCUCUCUGAAAUCAAUGGCGUUCCGGAGAGCGCUGGCUCACCGUCUCUUCAACAAAACAAAGAUCUCCACCACCCAAACCCUACCAUCCCCAAACGCCUUCUUCCGCAAAUUCCUCAACCCUCCCGACGAUUCCGGAUUCUUCCGUCGCCUUCUCCAGAAUCGAGCCAUCUUCCAAUCAGCCGUCCCGCCCGAAUGCCUCUCCCUCCCCGUCGGCGACAAGCUCAUCGAACGCCUCCGGGGCCUCAACGGCGGUGACCGCCUCCGCCUCGAAGGUCUUAUCCAUCCGACCCCGGGACCCGAUCCCGCGGACCCGAUCUCCGUCGAGGACGCGCGAAAGUUGCUGAGGAUUUCCCAGCUGGAGGCUCUGAAAUCCUCGCUGAAGCAGAUUCCGAAGAAUUGCAUAUCCUACUCCGAGUUUAUGCAGAUAUGCGCUGAUCGACUACGUGGAACGAGUCCCGAUCAGGUAUCGGAGCUCGUUAAGAUGCUCGAUCAGUCCGGCGUCGUCAUAGUUCUUGGAAACGUCGUGUUCCUGCAUCCAGAGCAGGUUGUGAAGGCGAUUGAAAGUGUUAUCCCACUAUCUAUGGCCCACCCAAAUGACCCCAGAAGGGAAGAGCUUGCAAAGAUGGAGAAAUUGAAGGUGGAGAUCGAUAUGAAAGCAGAGAGUCUUGUUCGGAGGGAGCUAUGGGGUGGCUUAUGCUUCUUAGUCCUCCAGACGGCUGCCUUCAUGAGGCUAACCUUCUGGGAACUUUCAUGGGAUGUCAUGGAGCCCAUUUGCUUCUACUUCACGUCGGUCUAUUUCAUGGCCGGCUACGCCUUCUUCCUCAGGACCUCCAAGGACCCAUCUUUUGAAGGGUUAUUCGAGAGCCGGUUUAGCACGAAGCAGAGGCGGCUCAUGAAGCUCAAGAACUUCGACAUUACGAGGUUUAACGAGCUUCGAAAGGCAUUGGAUCAACCUGAAUUUUCUCCAUUGCCAUCUUGCAGUAGUCCCAGAAGAACACUGCUUGGAGCCAUGCAUUAGUGGAACUGGAUAAACAUUUUGGAGAGUUAGAGAGAGAGUGGGAGAGGGAGAGAGGUAUACAUGGAAAAGAAAAUGUACGGUUAUGGUUUUAGAGUGAGAUGAUGCAUUUCACCGGGCCUGACACAGUAGCAGAGUAGGAAACACACUAAAAUCAGGAAAUACAUGACAGAAAUACACACCCAAAUUACUAAUACAUGACAAUAUCCUUAAUUAAUUUAACUAGAUUCCCUUGAGCUUGACAUC